AUGUAUACGCUGCGGAACCUCCUCCAAGACUGCAGCGGCAAGAUGACGCGGACGUCGUGCGCCGCCGACAAGAAGAAGGAGACGCUUGAGGAGGUCUGGAUCGCGCUCAAUGCGUGGGUCGAAGCGCGGUACCACGAAGGCAAGGGCGCGCACAUUGCGCCGUUUGGCAAGAUUAGCUGGGAAACACUCACGAUUGGCCGCAAUACGCGCAAGGUCCGGCCCAUCUUUAUGCUCAACGACACGUUCGGCAAGACGUAUGGCCUCCAGUACAAGAAACGUGUGACCGUCCCGAUUGUGGCCGCGAUCGAAGACAUCAACUUCACCAAGCUCGCCAUCAAGUUUUCUAAAAACCUCACCAAGGACGUGGUCUUUUGCGGCGUCCGGGACCUCUUGCACAAGAUUGGCGAGGUCGCGUCAACGGGGGCUCAAAUGACGAUCGAGAUGACGAUCGGCAAAAUCGUUGCCAAGAACCGCGCGAUCCACCUCCUCUUUGACCCGACGCAGUUUCCGAAAUCACUCGAGAACAUUGCAACCGCGUCCGUCGCGUCCGGGUGUCCGUCCGUCAUUGGCGACCUCGCCGAUUUUGACUUGACACUGGAAGACUGCAACCAAGCCGAGGAGGCCGGCGACAUUCUUCUUCUAUCGCCAGAACGCCCAUCGCAAGCAGCAUCGACAACACCCCGGACACCGCGGACGCCGCACCCGCCGCUGUCUGGUCGCGAGCCGGUCUCGCCCCGGCAUGGCUUUGAGCAACCCACGAGCAUGACCCAGCUGCGGUCACCCCGUCCUGCGUCGCGCAACGGCAUCGGCUACAUGAGCGCCGAGACGCCGUCCAGAGACUGCACGACGAUGCUCUUAUCGCCACCGCAA